UACUCACUCUCGCUUUUGGCACUCUGUCGAUCGAGUCAUUGACCCAGAAACCUCCUCACCAAUUUCCGAUGGCCCUCCGCACUCUUCUCAGCUGCCGGACCCUAGCCGCCGCCGUGAAGCCCGAGCUCGGCUUCUCCGUUGGGCUCCGCAGCCUGGUGACCUUCUCGCUCCCCGAUCUUCCCUAUGACUACGGGGCCCUGGAGCCGGCGAUCAGCGGCGAGAUCAUGCAGCUCCACCACCAGAAGCACCACCAGGCAUACAUCACCAACUACAACAAGGCCCUUGAGCAGCUCGAGCUGGCCAUGUCUAAGGGCGAUGCUCCCUCCGUCGUCAAACUCCAGAGCGCCAUCAAGUUCAACGGAGGAGGUCAUGUCAACCACUCAAUCUUCUGGAAGAACCUGGCUCCUGUUCGUGAAGGAGGCGGUGAACCACCAAAAGGUUCUCUAGGUUGGGCAAUUGAUACACAUUUUGGCUCCUUGGAGGCAUUGGCUCAAAAAAUGAGCACAGAAGGUGCAGCUUUGCAGGGCUCUGGAUGGGUGUGGCUUGGCGUCGAUAAAGAAUUGAAGAAACUGGUUGUUGAAACCACUGUCAAUCAGGACCCACUAGUGACAAAAGGACCAAGUUUGGUUCCUUUAGUUGGAAUAGAUGUCUGGGAACAUGCGUACUAUCUUCAGUACAAGAAUGUGAGGCCCGACUAUCUGAAGAACAUAUGGAAGGUCAUCAACUGGAAGUACGCCAGUGAAGUGUUCGAGAAAGAAUGCCCUUGAGACUCGACGCAUUACCUGGAGCUUCUUGCCCAUUGUAAAACAGAGUGAUGGGCUGUGAUGGAAGAGCUGUUCCUUGUCCCUGGUGGAGGUGGUCUCAGUACAAAAACUACCCUGUUCUGAUGUAGCCGUUGCUGAAUAAAGUCGAGCAUUUGCAUCAAUGUUUUGUGUUGUGUAAUCUCAUGAGUUUGGCCUUAAUCUGAUGUAUGUUUCAGGUUUGAUUUUCCCGGCUGACA